UGCUCUCUCCGGAGGACCUCGAAGUCUGCCUGACGCUGUCAGAGGACUCGGACGUACGCUCACAAUGGGAGGACACAGUUGAAGCGGCCGCAUGUACGCGUGUUGGACACUAUAGGAAAUAUCGCCGGCGUCAAUUUGGAUUUUUGUCCUCCAGCUUCAAGGUAUACUCUUAUUUGAGGCUCACACAUAUAUUGGACCGCGGGGAAGGAGACCACUCUUGCUUUGAAGAUGGGGAGCCGGGGUCAUUACGGGUACCACUGGCAGAGCCACAAUGUCAAGCUCAGCGGGGUGGAUGACAUGGUGCUGCUCACCAAGAUCAACGAAGACGCCAUUGUGGACAACCUGAAGAAGAGAUACAUGGAUGACUACAUCUUUACAUACAUUGGCCCUGUGCUCAUCUCCGUCAACCCCUUUAAGCAGAUGCCGUACUUCGGGGAAAAAGAAGUUGAGAUGUAUCAAGGCGCAGCCCAGUAUGAGAACCCUCCUCACAUCUAUGCCCUGGCAGACAACAUGUACAGAAACAUGAUGAUUGACCGAGAAAACCAGUGUGUCAUCAUUAGUGGCGAGAGUGGAGCCGGUAAGACUGUGGCAGCCAAAUACAUCAUGGGAUACAUCUCCAGAGUGUCAGGAGGCGGACCCAGGGUGCAGCACGUCAAAGACAUUAUCCUGCAGUCCAACCCGCUGCUCGAGGCCUUUGGCAACGCCAAGACUGUGAGGAACAACAACUCCAGUAGAUUUGGGAAAUACUUUGAGAUCCAGUUCAGCAACGGUGGUGAACCAGACGGAGGGAAAAUCUCCAACUUCCUUCUGGAGAAGUCACGUGUCGUCAUGAGGAAUCCUGGCGAGAGGAGUUUCCAUAUAUUCUAUCAGCUGAUUGAAGGAGCCAGUGGCGAGCAGAAGAGUAGCCUGGGAAUCACAACGUUGGAUUAUUACACUUACCUCAACCAGUCCGGGUCCUACAAAGUGGAGGACAUUAAUGACAAAAAUGAUUUCCAGGAGACCAUGCAUGCCAUGGAAGUGAUCGGCAUCUCAGACGCGGACCGUGCCAUGGUGCUUCAGAUUGUGGCCGGGGUCCUGCACGUUGGCAACAUCAGCUUCAAGGAGUCUGGCAACUACGCUGCUGUGGAGAGUGAAGAGUUUCUGGCAUUCCCUGCCUUUUUGCUGGGAAUCGACCAGAACCGUCUGAAGGAGAAGCUGACCAGUCGGAAGAUGGACAGCAAAUGGGGGAGCACCCACGAGUCUAUUGAUGUGACCUUGAACGUGGAGCAGGCGUGUUACACAAGGGACGCCCUCUCCAAAGCACUGCACUCACGUGUUUUUGACUACUUGGUUGAGUCCAUCAACAAAGCCAUGGUGAAGGAACAACAGGAGUUGAAUAUUGGCGUCUUGGACAUUUACGGUUUUGAGAUUUUCCAAAAAAACGGCUUUGAGCAGUUCUGCAUCAACUUUGUGAAUGAAAAAUUGCAGCAAAUAUUCAUUGAGUUGACUUUAAAGGCAGAGCAGGAGGAGUACGUUCAGGAGGGCAUCAAGUGGACUCCCAUUGAGUACUUCAAUAACAAGAUUGUCUGCGACCUCAUCGAAAGCAAAAAUCCUCCUGGCAUCAUGAGCAUCCUGGACGACGUGUGUGCCACCAUGCACGCAGUAGGCGAGGGGGCAGACCAGACCAUGCUGCAGAAGCUGCGGGUUCAGAUCAACACUCAUGAGCACUUCAACAGCUGGAACCAAGGCUUUAUCAUCCACCACUAUGCUGGCAAGGUGUCCUACGACGCAGAUGGGUUCUGUGAAAGGAACCGAGACGUCCUUUUCACUGACCUCAUUGAGCUCAUGCAGGGCAGUCAAAUAGCCUUCUUCAGAGCUCUGUUCCCCGAAAACCUCAAUGCGGAAAAGAAGGGUCGGCCCACAACUGCAGGCAGUAAAAUAAAGAAACAAGCCAAUGACCUGGUGAGCACUUUGAUGAAAUGUACUCCACAUUACAUCCGCUGUAUCAAACCUAAUGAAACCAAGAAGCCCAGAGACUGGGAAGAAGGCCGUGUGAAGCACCAGGUGGAGUAUCUGGGCCUGAAGGAGAACAUCAGGGUGAGGCGUGCUGGCUACGCCUACCGCCGCGUCUUCAGGAAGUUCCUCAACAGAUACGCCAUCCUGACUAAAGAGUCGUGGCCAGCAUGGCAAGGAGACGAGAAACAAGGCGUCCUUCACCUCAUGCGCUCCGUCAACAUGGACCAGGACCAGUUCCAGCUGGGUCGUACCAAGGUGUUCGUAAAAGCCCCCGAGUCGCUUUUUCUGCUGGAGGAGACCAGGGAGCGCAAGUUUGAUGGCUAUGCCAGAACCAUCCAGAAAGCCUGGAGGAAAUACGUGGCCCGCAAGAAGUAUGUGCAGAUGCGUGAGGAAGCCUCUGACCUUUUGCUGAAUCACAAGGAGAGGCGGCGACACAGCCUAAACCGAAACUUUGUAGGAGACUACCUGGGCAUGGACGACAGGCCUGAGCUCAGACAGUUCCUGGCCAAGAGAGAGAAGAUCGACUUUGCAGACAAAGUCACUAAAUAUGAUCGUCGCUUCAAGUCAAUCAAGAGGGACUUGAUCCUGACCCCUAAGUCCGUGUACCUGAUAGGAAGAGAAAAGAUCAAACAGGGACCAGAGAAAGGUCAGGUGACUGAGGUGCUGAAGCGGCAGAUUAACGUGGAGAGGAUCUUGGCAGUGUCUCUCAGCACCCUGCAGGAUGAUUUCAUGAUCCUACAUGAGCAGGAGUAUGACAGCCUGCUGGAGUGUGUCUUCAAGACAGAGUUCAUCAGCUUGCUGGCCCGUAGGUUUGAGGAGAAAACUCAGAGGAAGCUACCACUCAAGUUUAGUAACACACUGUCCAUAAAACUGAAGAAGGAGAACUGGGGCAUCCUGAGUGGGGGAGCUGGUUCCCGACAGGUCACCUUUGUCCAGGGUCAGGGGGAUUUGGCUGUGCUCAAGCCUUCCAGCAAAAGUCUGCAGGUCAGCAUCGGACCAGGACUUCCUAGGAACACACGACCUUCAAGGGCCGGUGUCACCCAAAGUCGCCCAAGAACUCACCAAAACACGCCAGCGCGGGCCGCACCAGGACCUCCGGUUGCUCACCAAAAUGGCGGGCUGAAGAACACCAAUCACAUAGCCAGUCAGAGGACCUCUGUGUAUCAGCAGCAGGGCGACGCCAUGCGUCCUCACCUUCCCAGCAACUUCAACCAGCAAAGGGAUCGUGGCAGCGUCAGGCCACAAGCCAACCUGGACUUUCUCAGGGUUCCAGAACAAGGAGCUGCCGGUAAUGGAGUCAGUAGAGCAGCUUCAAAUGGAAGAAUCGCUCACAGACCAUCAGCCAGCAGACCUCCACCAGGGGGCGGCCGACCCAAACCUACACCCAAACCUAAACCUCAGGUGCCCCAGUGCAAAGCUUUGUAUGCCUAUGAUGCCCAGGACACUGACGAGCUCAGCUUCAACGCCAACGACAUCAUCGAUAUCAUCAAAGAAGAUUCAUCGGGAUGGUGGACGGGACGUCUGCGGGGAAAGCAGGGACUUUUCCCCAACAACUACGUGAACAAGAUUUAGGAGGAGGACGUUGUGAAGCACUGUGGGAUUUCUUGGCGAAUGCUCCACUACUGCCUGCAUAGUCCAUGAAUGUAAACGCUUCUUCUUCUUCUUCUUGUUCGUCCAAUCCUCCCUGUCCGCGGAGUACUGAACAAAAUACUAUUUAUUGUAUUUAUACAUACCAUCGCUUUCUGUCCUGAUCACCUUUGCUGAGAAUAAUCUGGGAACAGGCUGUGAUUUUACUAUUUUCCUCAUGUCUUUUUAUUUGUAUUAUUAUUAUUAUUAUUAUUAUUAUUAUUAUUAUUAUUAUUAUUAUUAUUAUUAGAUGAUUCCAAAACCAAUGUUGCAAACUUGGCUGUAAUAUUUAUAUUUCAAUGCAAAGUUCAGUACUUUUUAUGGCAUUUUAAGACACCAAAGGUAACAUCUGUCAUGUAUUUUUUUUUUGUUGUUGUAGAGGCAGUGUGUACUGUAACCUGAGCACGCUGUCUGUGGUGUGUUAGCACUUUAUCAGUACAGGUACUACCUUAGACACAAACACACAGUAUGAAGGACGGAAGGAUGAUUGUUUACACUAAAAAACACAAACAGGCAUUUUAGCUCCCUUUUGUGUGUAUAUGUGUUGACUUGUAGGAGAGCGCCUGUUGUCGGCCACGCUCUUUGAAAUGUUGUAUAUAUUUUUUCUGUGUUAUUAACACACGUGCGGGGCUUUAAUGACUGCCUGUGGUUCUCUCCAGUUUGCUUUUCUGUCGUCAGGCACAGUUGGUGCUGUCAGACUUCCGUGGCUUCUUGUUUUUGUUUUGCACUGCAGUUUUUCAUUUCCCUACACAUUCCUUGUCAUUAGUUGUGUUUUAAUGAGGUAACCGCAAGUUCGUUUGUAAACUGCUGGGACUUGUCAUGAAAUCAUCUUCUGCGUCGUCGUUGUCAAGUUUUGAUCAUGGAUGGUUCAUCAGCAACGUCCUUGUGCAAUACAAAGACACUAGGUGACUUUUUUAAUAAAGCAUUUAUUGUUCACCGGCUCUUGGCACUUUGACUUUUACAGUCAGGAUCACCUUUUUACAAAGUUAAACUAUUGAGUGAGAAGUUAAACAAGUCGUCCUAACUGCAAGAUAAAAAGGUGGCAUAGGCACUGGCCGAGAUCAAAUAUUGAAAUUAUUUUAUUUUGAUGAAGUGGUGGCCAAUUUUGAAUGAACAAACCAAGAAUCAGGUUUAUCCGUACCUCUAAAUGUAAUGAAGGUGUUUUUACUCAAAUAGUCCCUAGUAUGUUAUGCUUUUUUCCUCCUACAGCAUGUUACAUCAUAUGCAAAUAAGAUGCAAAUUCAUAGUUUUCUGCAAUUAAAGUCAUGGUAUUUUUAACAGCCAUAAACAUAAAAAGGUCAAGUUGUGAGAAUCAACCAUUUGGAGAAUUGUUGUACUCCAAGAAACAAGUUGUAGAAAUAUAAAAGAAAGGGAAUUUGUGAAAAUUGUGAAUUUACAAGGGAAAAAGACUAACGUUAAAAAAAAGAACUACAAUUUCAAUAUGUGAAUGUAAAAAUGGAUUGUGUGGCCAUUUUCUUUGAACUUGACAUUUCAACCAAGCAUCUCUCAGUCAAACGUUAAAGCACAAACAUGACACAGAAGGACUCCAUGAAGAGUUAUCCAAGUUUAUUUUAAUUUUAAACUAAUAAAUCCCACAGAAUAAGAUCCUGGUGCCUUUGAAGUGUGUGUGUGAUGAAUGCAUAUAUGUAUACCUGCAUUAAUUCAUAGAAGUACUGCAUUUCCUCACUCCAUGGAAAAUAUGUUUUUAUUGUUUACUUUAUUUCAUAUUCAGAGUGGAAAUACACGGCCUCGGCACACUGUCAUCGUCGUCACAACUAUUCUAGCAUUUUCUCUCAUGUGCAAGUCCAUGCCAGUGAGUUAGUCAACACUUUUGUAGUGUAGUGCUUCCACAGUUGAGACUGACAGGGGCGGUCUGAAGGGGGGGUGUCGACUGAGAUCUGAAUGCACAAACAGGCAAUGAAUGAAUAAAUGAAUGAGUUGAACUUGUUGUACAUCUAUGGAUCACAAGGCCUCCUCUUUUUGGCAUGAGGGCUGUGUGACGUUCUCCGACAUGGAUGAGACUACUGUGUGUGUGUGUCGUCGUUAGGCAACAGCGCGUGUUUAGAAAAUACUGUGUGUGUGUGUGUGUGUGUGUGUGCUAAUACAGCAGCUCAUCUGUUAUAUUUGUCCCUAGUUAGGAAUGUCUAGGAAUGAUUCUUAUUAUUUAAAAAAAAAAAAAAAAAACAUCUUUCACUAACAAUCCACAUCUUCUAAUCAUAAACUAAUCAAUACAAUGAUUGGUAAAAAUGAACUCUGCAAUGUUUUGUGACGCUUUGACAUUCUAUUCUAGUAAAGCGAGGCAUCGGGCGUCUUUACUAGAGCAGUUAUCCUCACCUUGUUAGGCCGCCUUAAGCCUGUGUUAGAUGUGCAAAGAAAUGCAUUGCAAGGAAACAUGCAGAACAAAAAUGACACUUGAAGGAACAAUCCAACAGCUACAUAAAAGCUUUAUAAAUACAUAAACUCUUAAUAAUAAACCCUUAAUGGAGACGUGUAGCUGUUGUAAAUAGAAUAAUAAUUAUAAUAAGUGAUAGCUGGCACUGUUGUCUUAACGUCCAAGUAGUAGAGCUGCGCAGGUCAUUCAUGCCUUCUUUGGUUGACUGCAGUACUCACAGGAGGAGGAAAUGAACAUGAGCUCAAAAGAAGACAAAAGUGUUAGAAAGGAAGGAAAGAAAGAAAGAAAGAAAAAAAAUAAACAA